UAGGCAAAUAGGGAAGAAUGUAAUGAUCACACGUUAGUAAUUUAGAAUGUCACCACGGGGCACUUUUUUGUAGUAGAAAUUGUCAAAGAUAUUUCUCUCAUUUUGUUUGAAUAACAUUUCUUCAUUACUUUUCUUUCUAAUUGUUUGUGCAAUCUUCUGGAUUUGGGUUCAAGCAUUUGUGCAAAUAUAUUAUCAUGUCUUCGCCAAGCAAGAGAAGAGAGUCGGAUUUUAUGAGAAUGUUAAUGAGUGAUUUCACUGUGGAGACGAUAAAUGAUGCAGUCAAUGAAUUCAAUGUGGUGUUUCAUGGUCCAAAAGAAAGUCCUUAUGAUGGCGGGGUGUGGAAAAUCCAUGUUAAGUUUCCAGAUUCUUAUCCUUUCAAGCCUCCUUCAAUUAGAUUCUUGAACAAAAUCUUUCAUCCAAAUAUUGAUGAGCACUCUGGCUCUGUUUGCUUGAAUGUAAUCAACCAAUCAUGGAGUCCUAUGUUUGAUCUUGUAAAUGUGUUUGAAAUGUUUCUCCCCCAGCUUCUGCUCUACCCAAAUCCUUCACAUCCCCUUAAUUCUGAUGCUGGUUACCUAAUGAUGAGGGACAAAAAAAGAUAUGAACAGAAAGUUAAAGAAUACUGUGAACAAUAUGCCAAGAAGGAGAAUAUUUUGGGCUCUUCUGUCGAAGAUGGAAGUGGUAGUGAGGAAGUCAGUGAGGAUGAAGAUUCAUCAAGUGACAAUGAAGCAACAGGCACAGAAAUCUCGAAAGCUAUUGGCUGAUUUCUGAUUCCCAUGACGAGGAGAUGACAAAUAAAAUGUGUAUAAUGUUAAAUACUUCUUUUUUUUUGGCAAACUUGUAUGAGCUAUCUUCAUGCUCUCUUUUUUAUGAUCAAUUGAUUGCUUCUUGUACAACAAUUGUUGAAUAUUCUAUCCUUGGUUUUUUAUAUUUUGUGGAAAAAGCUCAACCUGAUUAGACAAUAGGCAGGAAGUGCUUUGUAAAUAUCAGACUCUAUUUUAUUUAUUUUAUUGAUAAAUUUCAGUUGUAAUUGAUUGUACAUAUCUAUCUUCAGAUCAUCAUUUCUGCUUGUCUUUGGCCUGUUGUUGCAAUGCAAAUUAGAGCCUUCCAUAGAAAUGGGGCUGUAUCAAUGAUAAUGUUUUCAUACUCAGUUGAUUUUAGGUGAUAAUAAAAUUGAAGUUGAAGCUUGUAAAGAUUGAAACCUUGACUGCAUGGGCGGAGCUAGAAGGGGACAUGUGGGGACACUUGUCCCCCCAUUUUCAAAAAAAAAAAUUUAAAAAAAAAAAAAA